AUGAUUAAUGAGCUCGUUGCACCGGAACACCCCGCGGGGAACUCGUUGAAGGUCCAACGGCAGCUGUCGACGACGCCCCGGCCGCUAACUCCCCCGCUGGGUAGUUUGGCCCAUAGACUAGUGCAGUCGUGCAAGGAAAGGGACUCGCUGUAUCGCUGUGUUUCAACGGAGUCCCUGGAUUCACUACAAUCAAGUCCCGAGCCCAUCGCGACGGAGCCAGCUGCGGCGAUCGCUAGCUCUGGAACAGCGAGAAAUGUGACGAAAAAGUACAUAAAUCAAGACACCUCGCCUUACGGAAGUCGCGCGCAAACACCGCUCUGCGCUAGGCCUCGUGCAUGCUCUACCUCGUUUCUCAGACCACGCAUGGAAUUCACGGGAUUCCAAACCUCUGGAUACAAGAAAAACCACGUCAACGUUGUGUUGAAAACUGUAUCCCUCCCCGGCCACGGCUCCAGCAACCCUGGCGUGCCCCAUAUAACCGGUUUUUUCAGCAUAUACGGACUCACCGCUCAUCAACCCGAGAUUACCACUUUUUUCGAAGGUUUCGCCGUGACGGAAAACCUGGGUUUUCUAUCCAGCAGCGUGCCUGCGCAUCUCGCAGAUCUCACUGCCACAGAUGGGAUUGAUCUUGAGCACUGGCUAAGUUUUCCCGCCUUCAAAGAGAUGUGCUCGCAAAAUGGAGUCCUAUCUGCGGUAGUGGACGGAGCGCAUAGGCAUUCCGACUAUCUGCACCAGCGGUUCAUCUUCAUGCGGUGGAAAGAACGCUUUUUGGUUCCUGACGCAGAGCUGGGCUCCGUGGAAGGUGCCUCCUACGAAGGGUACUACUACAUCGUGCACGACCAAUUCACGGGCAAUAUCUUGGGUUUCUACUAUCACAAGGAUGCAGAAAAGUUUCAGGAGCUGGAGCUGGCCCCAACCAAUCAUCUCGGCUCAGGAAGUUGUGACUUUGAGUUUAACUAG